CAUUUACUAGCUUAAUAUCAUACCAACACCUUUCUACAUUUAAAUAAAACAGGUAUUUUUAUAAAAAUAUAGAAUUAGCCAUUUAAUACAAGCGAUAGAUUACUAUUUACAUGAGUCGACAAAACAUAAGUGUUUGAAUAAUAUUCUGUCCACACAAGUUGUGCUAAGUCAACAAAAACAUUCUAUUCAACACGUUUGCACAUUUUUUUUUGCCUGUUGCUCAGAUUUGAAGAAAUCCGAUAAUCUAAUGUAAGAUAGAUUCCUCAACAUUAUCUCUGUUCCUAAUAACUAAUGAAUUAUAAUGUGAUCAACACAAUCACUUUAUCAAUUUGAUAAGAAAAGAAAAGAGAGAACUUAAUAGCAAAAAAAAAUAUUUCUCAGUUGUUGAUUAACUAGUGAAGACGUUGGAACACAUUUUUGUGUUUAUAUUGUGAAUUUGUGGAGUUUGAACUCUUAAAGCUGUUAAAGUUGUGCAUAGUUUAAUUAAAAUGCAUGCUCCAGAAACGGGUACUCAUGGAUUUAAGGAUGGCGCCAUUGAUUUUACAGCUGGAUCUUUAGGUGCACUUGCAAUGGUUUACGUAUCACAACCUCUCGAUACAGUCAAAGUAAAAAUGCAGACAUUUCCCAAACUAUACACGGGAAUGGUAAAUUGCUUUGUCACAACAUUCAAGCGUGAUGGAUUCGUUCGAGGCUUAUAUGCUGGAACGGUUCCCGCAGUUGUUGCGAAUGUGGCUGAGAAUAGCGUACUAUUUGCAGCUUAUGGAGUCUGCCAAAAUUUCGUCGCAAAAACAAUAGAGAAUAAAAAGGAUGCAACAGAGAUAACGCUAUUGGGAAAUGCAACAGCUGGCUUCCUAGCUGCUUUUUUCUCCUCAUUCACCUUAUGUCCCACGGAGCUUAUUAAAUGCAAACUUCAAGCGCUGCAUGAGAUGAAGCAAUCUAAACAGAUCUCACCGUAUCAAUUAACAAAGCAAAUAUUGAGGAAUGAGGGAAUAAGAGGAAUGUUUCGAGGCUUGACACCAACAUUUGCAAGAGAAAUGCCUGGAUAUUUCUUCUUCUUUGGUGGAUAUGAAGCGACUAGAGAAUUUCUUGCAAAACCUGGACAAUCUAAAGACGAGAUAGGACCACUCAAGACAAUGGUAGCAGGUGCUGUCGGAGGCGCAUCUUUAUGGACAGCUAUUUUUCCAGCCGACGUCAUCAAGAGUCGUGUACAAAUACAGGGUUUAUCUGAUUCUAUGUUUAAAGUUGGAAUGGAUAUAGCUAAAAAAGAUGGAGUUUUAGCUCUUUACAAUGGACUUACUCCAACAAUUUGUCGUACAAUUCCUGCAACUGCCGUUCUAUUUGUAAUUUAUGAAUAUACUAAAAAGUUUAUGAAUCAAUAUUUGUAAGAGAUUAUUUUUUUAUUAAAAGAAUUUUUAAAAACAGCAUGUAAAGAUGAUUUUAUUUCUUAUUAAAUUUGUA